CAUACGAUUAAAAGCAAGAGAGAAAGCAUUCGCAAUCACAGGCUUCGUGCGUCAGCGACAAGCCGACUGUGCAUACUAGUCGUCCAUUUCAUGAUUCGCAACAUGUUAUCUGACUACGUUGUAUCUGUGCUAAAUCGUAGCUGUAGUGCACUGACAGCUGUUUUGGUGAUUUGAAUCUCAUUCAGCCCCAAGUUUUCUAGGUCUUGACAUUUUGGUGGCUUUCUCUUUGAUAUAAAUUCUUUGGUGUCAUAAGCAAAUCAUUUACAACAAAACACACACAUAAUCUUUAAAAUAAACCAUGAAUAAAUGAAUUCAUAAUUUGUCUUAAUUCGUUUUUUUUUUUAAAUCGCACGGAAUAUGUAAUAUUUAGACAAAAUAUUUCUAAUGUAUGUUUUUUACAAAUUGUUUUUUUUUAAAAAGGAAAGUACUGUUGGAAGCUCUAAACUGUUUAGAUCAAGUUCAAUAAGUCCCUUGAAGUUAUGUACUGCAUAUUUUAUCUACUUAUUAGUGGUAAGGCAUAACAUUUUAUAAUAUUUCUUUUGUACAACUGAUUAAUUACAACUUACAAAUUAUAUACCGGAAAGCAGUAUCAAAAGCAGUACAUCAAUAAGAUAUCGUUGAUGACAAACAAUCGUGAAAAAAUAAAGGAAGUGGGGAAAGCUCAAUUGAAUCAUCAAUGAUUUGUUAACCCACCAACCCAAGUGUAACUUUCUAAAGGCCUACAAAUAACCAAGUUUUGUAAUUAUUCCUAAAGUACCCAAGUGAACGAGUCAAUAAGGCAGUGUGGAAUUAAAGACUGGCUGUAAUUUUUAACAAUUUUCAAAAAUGGUAGUACCCUUUUUAAUAGAAUAAGAUUGACAGCACGAGAAAUAUCUAAUACUUGGAAGUUUAAGAUUUUUUUUUUCAUGUGACAUCUUUCAUAAAAGAUAUAUUUACAGCUAUAUACAUAGGAUUUAUUCACAUUAACAUAAAGAUCUUUUUCAAUUAUAUUUCUAUAAAAUUCCUUUUAAGACACAAUUUUAAAAAUGUGAAUUGAAAAAAGAAAAAAAAAGAAAAAAAUAUAAAAAAUAAAUAUUACUCAAGUGCACUAACUGAGACUUUUUGAAAACACGAUUUCUGGAAAUAAGUCGAAUCAUAUUUAUUUUUGGUAUAUUAUUUUAUUUUAUGCUUUUUUUUAAUUAUCAAAAGUUUUAAAAAAAUGCUAUUAUUACCAGGCUGAAUAGAUGUAUUCCUUCUUUCUAUCGUUUUUAUAGUUCAAGCUCACGCUCUAACGCUAACACUAGAUGAAUAUGAUCAAAGGGAGAGUGAGACCACAUGCACUAAGGGACUACUUCAAGACAAGGAUUAUGCCAUUUUCAAAGGAACAUUCAACUGGGAAGGGUCGUCACCGGAGUAUUCAAGAGUUGUCGAGCUUGGUCUUCAAACAGAAACCCUACCUUACAUUGAUAUUGUACAUCUGAGUAACAAAACCACGCGUGUCUAAACAUUAAAGUGCUUAUUGUAUUUCGGUUCACAGAGCUAUUUUGAAAACCAAUUUCUGUCCAGGGUAAAAUAUGUGUGGAAACUUAGCCAACAUUCCUCCCCUGCCCGGCAGAACCUGUAAUAAUUUUGGCAAAUAAAGUGCAUAGAAGAUAUUUAAUAAAACAACUAACAUGUUUGUAAUUAUAAAAUAGCACCCCAUUGGGUGAUUAUCUUCAAAUCAUGUGCCUGCCCCACAACCCGUACGAUGGACCAUCGUCCGGCAGGAAAUCUAAAGGAAACGGCGUUCCUUUUUCGAAAUAAAGUAAAUAACGCCGUCAAAGUGGGGGGCUCUUGCGGGACUCAUAAUUAUUAUUGUCGUCUGUUUUUAACCAAAAUUAUAUUAUUUAUAUAUAUAUAUAUAUAUAUAUAUAUUGUGAUAUGUUUUCUGAUUAAAUAAAGGAAAAUCAUACUUCCAACAUACCGCUUUUAAUUUAAAAAAAACCAAAUCGCGUAAUAGUUGACACAAAUGUAUCCUUCAUCUUUCCCACGCCAGAUUUGUGUCAUUCAAACGGCAAAUACGUGCCGAGGACGUGAGGGAAAACACCCGUGUUACUGUGUAGGCGUCGACGACGCUAAGACAUUUCAUUUAGUAUUCAACAUCACCGCAACAGCCUCUGUCAGCCUGGCGAAGAUCAGGUUACAAGUGUCGCACAUCAACAAGAGUCAGAUCUUCAGUGAGACUAGGACUUUGCCAGAAAUAUACGGUAAUUUUUUGUCUUAAAAUUGUUACUGUUAUUUUUCUUUAUAAUUAAUAGUAUUGUUAUUGUCCUAGCGAUUUUUGAUCACUUUACACGCUCUUGAUGCGGCAUAGCAAGUGCGGCAAGCUCUAGCUGAAGGUAAUGAACAUGCUGCAAAUUUCGUAACUGUGAAAUAUGCGAUAAAUUCCAAGAAAAAAUGUUUUUGUUAAGUGCAAUUUAUUUAAUAACGUUAUUCACGCAUUUUUAUCAACGUAUAAUAUAAAUGUAUAGAGCUAAUAUUUUUCUUGUGCGAUUCAAUUUAUGAGUAUGAUAAAUAUAAAAAUAUUGUUUUAAUAAAUACAAAACAGUAACUUAUUUGGAACAAGGUAAUAAGACAAAUGGUUGUUGCCAUCAUAAUCAGCUAGUUUGUGGUAAAACAGCAAAUUAGCUUUCCUUAUCAUCUGGUAAGAAUGCCUGUAAAUAAACUUUCAUUUUGCAAGCUUAUAAAAGCAGGCUACGCGGUUAAUUUAACUUUAUGUUUUGAAGAAGGAUAAAAUUCAGUUUUAAAUUCAAAUUUAUCGGUAUACCAUAAAUAUAAUCGCAUCAUUAGAAUUAGAACAUCAAAUAACAUUUGAAAUAUUCUCAUUUUUUUUUUAAUACAGACAGAGCGAAAUCAAUUCAAAUCAAUGAUCUUGUACCAGAAACAGAGUAUUGUUUUCUGAAGUUAAAUGCAAGUGACCAAAUGAAUGCAUGUUGUCAUAACCUGCCCCAACCUUGUAUUUUAACAAUAUCGCGAAAUAGCCUCAGUGUGGCGUCUAGUGUUGUGUGUUCUUCAUAUCGACCAAGUGGUGACUCUCCGAGGGCGUCAAUUUACAAGUUUACAGUAUCUGUGUGUGGUGAUGAACAUUAUGUUCAGCCAGUAACGUGCAUAGCUGAACAUGGUAUGUACUGACUCAUUUGAAGCUCUGCCAAUUACAUGUGUAGCUCAACAUGAUACGUAUGCCGAGACUUAAAAUAUGUAGGUCGUCAAUAACUUCUAAGAUAGUAAUGACCUAAGCGAAAAUUCACUGGUUUAACAUAUAAAUUUAAGUAUUGAAUAGUUCGGAAAUUACGCUAUAUUAAACGGGCUUGGGGACAAUCAUUUUGUAUAUAUCGCAAUUUCUUGGAACAUCCAUCUUCCAGAGAUCCCAAGCUGAUAGGAAACAAAAAAAAAACUAGCUUGGACCUCAUCCCACCCCGUGGAAUCAAAGGUACACAGGAGUAGAAUAUACAUUCCCUUUAAAUCUUAGAUAUAGGUAUAUAUUUAUUUUUAGCAAGUGACAGAUAGUCACAAUUUGACAUAAUAAGUUAAAAGCUGUCAAAUUAUAAUUAGUUGCAUUGAAGUAUUAUGCUAAAAGGAUAUUGUACACAUGUUUUUAAGUUCUUUCAAGUCACGACACACAUUCCUAUGGAAUGUCCCCUCCUGUGCUUUAGUAACUUGAUUAUCCUAAGGUGUUCAUUUGUCAAACCACCUUUAUAUAUAAUGUAGUCUUGUUGUUUUUGGUUUUUAAUUUCCCAUAAUCCACAUAGUAAGACAUAUACAUAUACGUAUUAUCGCUCCUAAUUGUUUGUUCUUUUAUUCGAAACGAAAAAUGUGUUAAAAGUUGUUAGAAACAUCUCCUGGUAAUUAUUUAGUGAGUGAUUCGAAACUAGAAUGAUCGACCUGUAUAGAAUGCAAAACUCAUAGAUUAUGGAGCAGCUGUUUCCAACCUUUGCUUGGUUAAGCAUAUUAUUAGCUUAUUAGCCGUUACUAGAGAUAAGCAGGGGAAAAUAAGCCAACUUUAACCUAGUAAUACAACACUCGACUAAACGUAAUAAUUUUGUUAAUGUUUUAAUGGACUACAAUAAUAAAAAUAAUUUUUAAAAACUAUACAAUUCAAAUCUGUUUCUGUUUAAAUUUAGUUGCUCUUUUUUCUUCAUGUUCAUGUUAUGCCGGGAUGUGGAAAACGUCGUUCCUGUUUAUACGGGAUAAGCCCAACCUUAAGAAAUGAGAAAACAUGUUCUUAUUCCAGUUCUUUUAUCCUCAAGUUAAAUACACACAUUUAUGACCAUGAAAUGGUAACCGUGAAAUGAGAGAAAUGAAGUAAUUCAGAGUAAAAGAAUAAAUUUUAUUUUUAAAAAAAAUAUAUUAUUCGGGCUGUUUUAAUUACCCCUACAUAGCUUACUGGAAUAGAAUUUAGUAACAACAGACAUGGUUUUGGAAUCUUCCUUAAGGGAUAAAAUUAGGCAGCAACCACGAGCAGGCUACUCUGUUUUACAAAAAUUUACACGUAGCCCAUGCGCAGUUAAUUGUGAAACGAAGUUAUAACUCUUUGAAGACUUAGUAGAUGCAAAUACAUUAGAGUAUAGUCUUUUACCAUAUUUCAGUUCUUGCGAAAUUUUGGUACUUUGUCAAAAUUGUCAUUAAUUAUAUAUUGAAUGCACAAAGAUAAUAUACGAGAUUUUAUCGAAUAAUGUCGUUUUGUUUUGGCUAUCAAAGAAUCAUGUUUCUUUAUAAAAAAUGAUUUCACUGAUUUUUCCCGAUUUUCAUUAAUAACUUCUUAUUUUUAGGUAUUCAUUUGUCACAAAAUAAAGAUUGCUCACUGGAAAUGGCAUGUAAACAUUCAACAGCAAUGUUUGGGCUAAAUCUUGCUAUCUUACUGUUUCUCAUUUUAGGUAAUUUUUCUUAUUCUUAUAUGUAUUUCGCUACGAUUUUUUUUAAACUUUUGAUAAUAUUAGUAUUCAUUCAAAUAAUUUUGUUUUUGAAAACCUAAUAUUUAUUUCUACAGGUGCUCUUCCUUAUAUGGCUAUAAUUUUGUAUAGGUAAGAAUUUAAUUAAUUCUGAAUAUUUAAUAACAUCAGUUUAUAAAUGACUUUUAAAAGUAUACAUGACAAUGGACAUGUUUAAUAUUUUGGUAACUUACAAUUAGAACAAAAGUCCACAAUUUUUAAUAAAUUGUUGAAACAUAUCAUUAACAGAAACAAAUGAAUUUUUAAAUGAAAUUAUACACGUAACACUUUAAUACGUAAAUUGUUCCUAGUUCAAAUAAUGCACAGAAAUAAUUGACAUAUAUAAUUUCUAUAAAUUUUAUGAAAGCUAUCAUUGCUGUUAUAAUGAAGACUAUUUCUACGCUGUUUUUAUUUUCUUUUGAUGGUUCUUAAUUAUUAUUUUGAAGAAAAAAAACUAGAUUAAAUUUCAAGAAAAGGAGACGAAAUAGUAAAGAAACUCAUUCAGAUGAACAUCUCUAAUACUACGCAAACCUGAAGAUGAAAUGACACAGUCACACACACAGAUUCAACGUUUUACCUUAUGAAAUAAAUGUACAUUGAUCAAGAGUUGAUGUGCUCUCGUUGAUGCUAAGAGCUUGUGUGUACUUGUAGUGUAUGUUCAGGGUGUAAGGGACGCAUAUGAGAGUUUAGUGCAAUAAAUAAGUUUUAUGUUUCGGGGAGGUAAUGUACAUGAUCUUGUUGAAGGUUUGGAAGAAUGGUGAGAGUGAAGUUUGAGAGUUAGGGUGAAAGACAACGAGAGUAGUGGGUAUGAAUAGCUGUGUGUUUUUUUGUUUAGCUUCACAUAUCAAUCAACGAUUUCAGUGUGAAUGUGAAAUCUUAUUGGGGUUCUGACCAAUAUUAUCGGUGACAUAGCAGAAAUGAAGGAAAAGGCUGCCAUAAGAUUGUAGGGAAAAGAAAUUAAAAAUCCUUUGUGUUGCCUUUUUUUUUUUUUGGUGCCUUAGAAUUCCACAUCGAUCUAAAUAGCUCGCUUACGUUGUACACUUGCAUUUAAUGUUUUUAAAUGAGUCAUACAAACAUAUUUACAUAAGAGGACAAUAAUGUACACUUUUUAAAAAAGAUUCAGUUUUUUUUUUUUUUUAAUGCUACAAUCUCAUUAGUUGCUAGCGGUGGCGUGCAGAUGCGGGGAGAGACACUAGAAAUAUUUUACUUGCCAAUGGGAGGAGGGAGAACUGGGAAUGUUUUCCCUUUAGCUGGGGUGAGGAGAUAAAAAGAUAAGACAAAUAUGCAUUCUAUUUGAUAAAAGUCAUGACAUAUAUAGAUAUGAUCUUGUAAUUGAUGCCAUGUUACGGUUAUUCUAUAUCCUACUGUUCUGUUAUAAAAAGCUUUUGCUCUGUCUCAUAUGUGAAAGCUUAUGACACAGUUUAAUUCUCCGCUUACAAUUAAGUUAUUCUAUUUACGUAAAAAGAAAUCGAUUUUUAAUGUUUCAUGUUUCUUGAUCAUUCCAUUAGGCAUAACUAGGUUAUGCUGUUAGGUUAUCUCAAACACCUGCACACCACUGCACAGUACAUUAUCUCAUACUAUUAUUUACAAAUAAGACUAGUAUUAUCAUUUUAUCUUUAAUAAAUUUUACUAAAUUUUAUUUAAAAUCAUAAUAAAAAACAUUCUUAAAUUGCAUUGGUGUUUUCAUAUUUGAUUUCAAAUAUUUAUUAUUAUUGUAAUCCUUAUUAUUUAUCUGUAAAUUAUGUUUAUAUAUAUCAACAUAUAUAUUUAUUCAAAUACAAACAUUAUUUUUAAAAUAAAUUUUAUACUAGAAGGAUAAGUCAAGGUAUUCGUCAUAUUAUUUGGGCUUAAUUUCUAUAUUCCAGUUCAAUUUCUCUUUUCUCAUGUUCCUAGAAAUGGUGUUCUAGUAUAUUGGCCUACUUUUUUUUUUAGACGCAACAAUAGAGCAGCUGUCAUUGAUCGAUAUUCCUAGCUGCAGUAUCAGCUGACAAUUUGCUUGAAAGUAGGUUACAUUAACCCUCAACACACCAAGGCUCUCAAUCUUUUGCCGUUUUAUGUUCUCGAUUUGUGUUGUUCAAGAAGCUAAAUGUUGUGCCCCAUGAAUAAAUUCACA